AGGACUCGAUGACAGAACUCUAGUCCUCAACGUGAUUCGCUGUCUGCCUUUCCUCACUAUUGAGAAUUGAGAUCGAGCACUCCGUCUUCUCUCUCCCAGAGUCCCAAAGACCUUUCCUUUGCCAAACCCAGAUGGCCUACCAAGACCCGAAUCCCGUCCUCUUGGCAGUGGCAUGAAAAUGUCUUCGCCCACCACAGAAUUACCAUUUUCGCCCUCAUCUCCCUCCCCAUGUCUCCCACCAACUUGAACAUUCUACGUAUGCUUCCUUGCAAUACACCGGUCUCAGUUACUCCACCCUGCUUGUUUUACCCAACAGUAGUUUGAAUCCGACAUCGAUCAUUGACAGAGACCCUCAGUCCGACAACCCAAACGCGCGAGGUUCUUAAUACGUCCCAAUAUAUGUUCUCCUAUAAACCAAAUAAAACCAACUGAAAUUAUAACCAAUUUUAUCGAGGCCAGGCUAGUUCAAUCAGGUUAUUCAAGCCAAAACCACUAAAAUCCACAGAUUCCUAACACCCAGAUCCACGGAUUUUUAACAAGAUAUAAGCUUGAGAAGCAAAGGUCAGAUGAUAACCCCCAUUCAGAACGGACCAUUUAAUACAGACAAAUUAUUUAUAUGCUUACUUUAACCUUCAAUUCGGAGUAUGCUUCAGGGAAGCUAUCCAGAAUGAAGCAAAAAUGCGAGCAGAAUCAAAUAUACUGUGUGUCUUGCCAAAAACAGAAGUCUGAAAAACUUCAUUAAACGACAGCGCCUUUUACCUACUAAAAUGAUGACGCUUUAAGAAAACCUCGUCACUUUCGGCACAAAGAAAGGACCGAAAGCCUCUGCCUCCCUUUUUCUCUGUGCCUUGAGCUGUGAUGCAGAGAAAGAGGAUCUAAAAGGGUUGGUGAAUCUCGUGGAGACAGUUCGAGAAUCCAUGGACUUGCGGAGGCCUUCCUGGUUGAUGUUUGUUUUAGCUGUAAUUUCAUUGGUCUGUUAUUUUUCGACUGUGAGAGCCGGGGACAUUGUUCACGACGACAAUUCAGCACCUAAAAAGCCCGGCUGUGAGAACGACUUCGUUCUAGUAAAAGUUCAGACUUGGGUUGAUGGCAUAGAGAAUGCUGAAUUUGUUGGCGUGGGAGCUCGAUUUGGCACUACCAUUGUGUCAAAGGAGAAACAUGCAAACCAAAUCCGUCUGACUCUUUCAGACCCUCGUGAUUGUUGUAGUCCAACAAAGAAUAAGCUUGCUGGAGAAGUUGUGAUGGUGGAUCGAGGGAACUGCAAAUUCACAACCAAGGCAAAUUUUGCAGAAGCUGCUGGUGCUUCAGCCGUGCUCAUUGUGAACAACCAGAAAGAACUUUACAAGAUGGUUUGCGAGCCAGAUGAAACUGACCUAGAUAUACACAUUCCAGCUGUCAUGCUCCCGCAAGAUGCUGGCACAAGCUUGGAAAAAAUGCUAAUGAACAGUUCAACAGUGUCUGUUCAGCUAUACUCUCCAAGGAGACCAGUAGUUGACAUAGCGGAAGUAUUUUUAUGGUUGAUGGCAGUUGGUACCAUCUUAUGUGCAUCUUAUUGGUCCGCAAAGAUUGCUAGAGAAUCAGCUAUUGAACACGACAAGCUACUACAGGAUGCUCCAGAUGAGAUCCUGAGUGCCAAAGCCACAGGCACUACAGGUGUUGUAGACAUCAACAUAACAUCGGCCAUUCUCUUUGUUGUUCUCGCUUCAUGCUUCUUGGUUAUGCUAUACAAACUUAUGUCAUUCUGGUUCGUUGAGCUUUUGGUUGUUCUUUUCUGCAUAGGUGGUAUAGAGGGCUUGCAAAUUUGCUCAGUUGCCUUAUUAUCUAGGUGGUUCAAAAGUCCUGGAGAAUCAUAUAUUAAACUGCCUUUCUUUGGAGCUGUCUCAUAUCUAACUUUGGCUGUUUCUCCAUUAUGCAUAGCAUUCGCUGUUGUUUGGGCAGUUUAUCAAAAUGUCUCCUUUGCCUGGAUAGGUCAAGAUAUACUAGGAAUUGCGCUGAUAAUUACUGUUCUUCAAAUUGUCCGUGUACCCAAUCUGAAGGUGGGUACAGUUCUUCUCAGUUGUGGCUUCUUGUACGACAUCUUUUGGGUGUUUGUUUCUAAGAAAUUGUUCCAUGAAAGUGUGAUGAUUGUGGUAGCUCGUGGUGAUAAAAGUGGAGAGGAUGGUAUCCCCAUGCUACUGAAGAUCCCACGCAUGUUUGAUCCUUGGGGUGGUUACAGCAUCAUAGGAUUUGGUGACAUCCUUAUACCUGGACUACUAAUAGUGUUCUCUCAUAGGUAUGAUUGGCUGGCAAAUAAGAGUCUACGAGCUGGAUACUUCUUGUGGGCAAUGCUUGCUUAUGGAUUAGGUCUUCUCAUUACAUAUGUGGCAUUGAAUUUGAUGGAUGGGCAUGGUCAACCAGCGCUGCUUUACAUCGUCCCAUUCACCCUCGGCACAUUUCUAACACUGGGGAGGAAGAGAGGCGAUCUCAAAGUCCUGUGGAGUAUAGGAGAACCAGAAAGACCCUGCAUACAUAUCCAACUCCAACACACUGAAGAAUCCGAUGAAUAAAAACAAGAUGAACUUGUAUUAUGUUGCAGUGUUUGUAGCGUGUUGCCAACCAUUAGGAAUCUGGUAAAUAGCCUACCUGCUUGCAUGGUAACAUGGUAGCGUUGUAAUGUUUUAUCUUGAUCUCUCCUUUAUACCAGGGCCUUACUGUCAA